UUUUAAUACCUCCCCUUGUUUUUCUAGUAAUGGUUGGACGCAAGCUGGGAAUGGCGGCAGCGCGAAUCAUCUACAGUCUGAAGAGCAAAAAUUGGCACAUCCACAUAAAUCUGAGGGAGAAAAACAGGAAUGAGGAAAUCAGAAAGAUAUAUAUAUUUUUUGCAAAGAUUUCCCUCUAUAAUAUAUCCAAAAACCCCUCUCAUAUCCCUUAUAUAUUUUUUCCCUCUAAUAUAUCCCCUCUCUUCCCCAUGAUUUUGUUUGUGUAUGUAUUAGACUCAUAAUUACUUUGUUAUUCCUCAUAUAUAUGUAGUUGUUUGUAUUGGAUGCGCGUAUUGUGAUAAUAUUCUCUACCCCUUAAAUAUUAUUGUAUUUGCGCACAUUUUGUAUUGUCGCUGCCUAUUGUAUAUAUGUUGUGUUGAAUAAAAUAAUUAAAACUUUGUUUUUGUGUGUUUAAGGUUUUUGUGUUUUCCGGAAAGUUGUA